GGUCAAAGGAUCAUACAUGGUCUUUGUUACUUAAUACCAAUUCUCGUAGCUAUUUCAUGUUGGAUAUUGUAUUUCUACAUUGCCUUGAGAAUUCAGCACUAUAUCAUCCAUAUAAUUGCCCUGUUGUUGUACCUUUUUACAUCAAAUUAGUAACAGAGAAAGUUCUUUUCUUGGGCUCCCUCCUGUUUUGUUUUUGGAGUAUUUUAAGCUAUAUUCAGAAAAACGUGGUUAUAAGAGGUGGAGGGGGAAAUCAUGGUAGAAGCAAGAGAUAUGCAUUGCUAAAAUGUUUGAAGCAUUGCAGGAACAAAUUGAGCAUGCUACUUAGCAGGUUAUGCAAGCAACCAAUGACCGGAUUUGAGGGGAUAAGAGCAACCAUGUAUCUGUUUGCAUUAGGGAGAUUGAGAAUGGACCUAAUCACUUUUCUGGAGGAGAAAGUGAUAGUUCUAGCUAAGGAAGAAGGUCCAUUCAAGACAUGCUCAUGCCACACAAUUUAUCAGUACAAAUAUGGCUGGACUCCUCCAUUCAAGGGUGAACCAGUCACAUUUCAUUUCCAAUCUCAACAUGGUCUCAGAGCGACUAAAACCCUAAUCCCCACUGUUGACUCUUCUUCUUCUUUACUGAAGACCAACCGUCAUCCCAAUCUGUCCAGAUCAGCCGUCGUCGCCGAACAGAAAAGCAGUCACCAUCAGUUGCAACCAGAAGCACAGUCGUCAUCUGGCGACUUUGACUUAGCAAAACCCCAGCCAUCGGCAGUCACACACAGCCCAGAUUAG